AUCACAGAGUGUAAUCUAUGGUUGACUGUUGUAUUUCCUAUUUUGUGGUUUAUAUUAUGGUUCAUAUAUUGUUAAAUUGCUACCUAUCAGAUAGACACCCCUAAGAUUAAUUUUUGUUUAUUAAAAUGAGGCAAUAUGUCAAAUGUACAUUAUAUUGUAAAAUUAAAUAAUGUUUGUGAAGUUAAAGAAAUGUUCUGUAUAAACUGUUUUCCAAAAAUAUGGAAACGUCAUGUUGGGAAGUUACAACUAUUCAAAUAAUUGUCCAUAUGACGUAAUUUUUAUUCUUGUAUAAGUAAAUAAAGGCAAGCUUUAAGGACGCAAUAACCAUCCUCGUUGCUUACAAUUUCUGCAGUCAUGGAAGACUACAAAUUCUUAUUUAAAGUUGUGUUAGUAGGUAAUGCAGGUGUUGGGAAAACAUGUUUAGUGAGACGUUUUACACAAGGACUCUUUCCACCUGGGCAAGGUGCAACAAUUGGUGUAGAUUUUAUGAUAAAAACUGUGGAAGUUGAUGGAGAAAAAGUAAAAUUACAAAUUUGGGAUACAGCUGGUCAGGAACGCUUUCGUUCCAUCACACAAAGUUAUUAUCGUUCAGCUCAUGCUUUAAUCCUAGUUUAUGACAUUUCUUGCCAGCCAACAUUUGAUUGCUUGCCAGAUUGGUUACGAGAAAUUGAAGAAUAUGCUAGCAGUAAAGUCUUGAGGAUAUUAGUUGGUAAUAAAAUAGACAGAGAGGACAGAGAAAUACCAGUUCAUGUAGGUGAAGAUUUUGCUUCAAGACAUAACAUGUAUUUUUUAGAAACAUCUGCCAAAGAAGCUGACAAUGUAGAAAAAUUGUUUAUGAAAAUUGCAGAAGAUUUGAUGCAGCAAGCUCGAAGUAAAGACCUAUUGCGUUAUGACAAAGACACUGCUAAUAUUACUGGGAAAACAUCAGUAAUAACUGAUUCCAACUGUUGCAGUCGUUUAACAUAAAGUUGUGUUGUAUAUCAACUUAUAAUUUAUCUGUUACGAGCUUUAAUAAUUGCUCCUCAGGUACCUUUUUAUUAUUGUAUGUAUUUAACAU